UCCACUUCUCCUCCUCCUCCCUCCUCUUCUUCUUCUUCUUCUUCACCUACUUCAACACACACACAUACAGAGCUCAAGCUCCAAGCUCAAAGCUCCAAGCUUUAUCUCAGCUCGCUCGAGCAAUGUCGAUCCCCACCUCCCACACCAACCCGCGCCUCCCUCUCCGCAGCCUCAACCCGCCGCCGGGCAACCAGAAGCCCCCCGCCGCCGCCGCCGCCGCCUCCCCGCUCUCGCUCCCGCGCUCCCUCUUCCGGGCCCUCGUCCUCGCCUUCCUCCUCCUCGCCGUCCCUCUCUUCCCUUCCCAAGCUCCCGCCUUCCUCGGCCACCGCGUGUUCGCCGAGUUCUGGGAGCUCAUCCACCUCCUCUUCAUCGGCGUCGCCGUGUCGUACGGCCUGUUCAGCCGCCGGAGCCUCGGGGACGACGGCGGCGGCGACGGGCCCGAGAGCGCCGAGGGGCGCGGCGCGGCGGCGGCGGCGGCGGCGUGGAGCGGGCCGCGGGUGGGGGAUUUCCUGUCGAUUUUCGAAGACGGGUACGAGAUCUCGUGCGGGUCUGACGGGAAGGUGCAGAGGCCGGCUCAGGAGGCGUGGGAAUGGGACGCUGCGGACUGCUCUCGAGGUGAGUCCAAGGUUGCUUUCGGUGAGGAAUGUGAUUUUGCAAGUGAGAAAGAGAUAAAGUCUGGAUCUUUGAGCUCUGAGGAUGGUGAUACUGUGGUUAGUAGCUGGAGUUCUCAGUGUUUUCAGUGUGAGCCCAUUGUUGUGGUGGCUCAGCCAAACUUUAAUCUUGGCGAUGAAUAUUGCAAGCCCCUGGGAUUGCCUGUUAGGAGUCUGAGAUCACGAACUGGGGAGCCGAGUGGGCGAAAAUCGAGGAAUGGAGGUGGAUCUGGUCCUGUUUCUGGUUCAGGGCACCCUUCAAUUAGCUCUGAUGGCCGUGUCAAUGGGGAUUUUGGUGAUGUGGGUCCGGUUAAUUUGGAGAAGAAGUUUGACGAAACUGCGGCUGGCCCUUCGGAUUCGUCGAUACCGUGGCAGUCGAGGCCCAGGAGGCUGGGGGUUAGAGAGAGUUUUGGUAAUGAUGGGAAGAACCUGCAUGCUAGGCAUGUCUCAGUUGAGGAAUCUCGAUCUAGGCAUCACAGAUCGAGGUCUUUUAGGUCCCACGGGUCUUUAACUUCGCAUACAGGUUCAACAUCAUCUUCCUCUUCACCUGACAAGCUCUCUCCCUCACAUUCCGCUUCUUCGGACUUGCCAAAAAUGGAGGACCCUUGGAACAAGAAGGACCAGUUCUGUUCUUCACAUGCCGCUUCGCCACUUGAUGUUUGCGGUUCGUCAAAUGUGUCUGGCUAUGAGAAGGGCAUGGGGAGAAACUUGGCAGAUAAAGACGAUUACGGCGAAAAUGUAAUACAUGGUUCGCUUGACAGCAAAAGCACGUUCUAUUCAUCUUCGAUGAACAGGAAAGCUUCACCAGACAUGUUGCAUCCUGAGAGAUGUGAGAAGAUUCUGCUCGAAAAGUUAAAUGAUGAGCGGAUGGAUUUGAGUGAGAAGAGAAGCCAGGAAUUCUUGGGUCAUAAACUUCCGCCACGUGGAUCUCAUUCCCGUAGCUAUACUAGUAUCGAAAAGUUCAAUGAUGAGCGGAUGGAUUUCAGCGAGAAGAGAUACGAGGAAUUCGCGGGUGGUAAACUUCCACCUCUUGGAUCUCAUUCUCGUAGCUAUACUAGUAUCGAAAAGUUAAACAAUGAGCGAAUGGAUUUGAGCGAGAAGAGUAGUCAGGAAUUCUCGGGUGAUAAACUUCCGCCUCGUGGAUCUCAUUCUCGUAGCUAUACCAGUAUCGAUACUUUUCUUGAUGGGGAUGGCCAGAGAAAACUGAAGGGUGAUUAUGAGGACUCGGGUGGGAUCAGCAGAGAGAAUUUAUCGUAUAGAAGAGGGUUACCUCAGGGUUCUCUGAAGUUAGAUGUGAAACCACGCGACAAGAACAUCAAAGGUACGCUGAGAGGAAAAUCAGUCAGAACAUUCAGAUCGAGCAGGCGCACAGAAACAGUUGAUAACGAAGAGACCUGUCGAAAUUUCAUAGACGACAAGGUGGGAAUGAAGCAUGAAAGGACAGACCAGUUUUGUAUGAGAAAGGAAGGAAACAAAACUGAAGGUUCUCAUAGCUGCUUCGGUAGGUUGGGUGAACCAAGUCUGGGAAAUUCCGGUCCCGUUUUGCAGCAAGAGUUUGCUGAUUGUGGAAAUGGCGAGAAGAAUCAUUGUGACAACAAACGUGUGAACUCUAGAGAGGAGUGGAUGGCUGAGGCUGAAAAUUUCCGAAGGAGCUUGGAUAAAGAAGCCGUGUCUGACUCUGUCAGUGAUGCGGGAACUGAAGCUAAUGAGGUCGAUAAGAAGGCUGGCGAGUUCAUCGCCAAGUUUAGGGCACAGAUUAUGCAUCAAAAGUUAGCAUCCCUCGACGGAUCAUUAGGAAUAGACAUCAGUGAAGACGAUUAUAGUUAAAGAUUAGAAAUUUAUACUGCUAUGGAAGUUAUCUAACCAGGUGCAUAUGCAUUUCAUAGCAAUUUCCUCAAAA